AUGCUUAGAAGCAGCACCAUAGCAGUUACUACAGGUGUUGCUGUUUCUCACACUCAAAGAUUAUGCUCACAUUCACUUCCCAUAAACUAUAGAUUAUCUUUCUCUCCUCGUAACCCUCUACUCUCGAAUUCCUCGUUUCUCAAAUGGAAAAGAAACAUUGCUAGUUCCAAUAGCAAUCGAUUCAGAAUGGCAACGAAAGCAUUGGCUCAACCGCUUCAGAAUGCUGACGAGCUCAUUGAUUCCGUUGAGACUUUUAUUUUUGACUGUGACGGAGUUAUAUGGAAAGGUGACAGCUUAAUAGAAGGAGUGCCUGAAACUCUGGACAUGCUUCGAGCGAAGGGAAAAAGAUUGGUUUUUGUCACCAACAACUCAACUAAGUCUAGGAAACAAUAUGGAAAGAAGUUUGAAACGCUUGGCCUGAAUGUCAACGAGGAGGAGAUUUUUGCAUCGUCUUUUGCAGUUCCUGCGUAUUUGAAAUCCAUUGAUUUCCCAAAAGAUAAAAAGGUUUAUGUCAUUGGAGAAGAUGGCAUCUUGAAAGAGCUUGAGCUUGCUGGAUAUAAGUAUGUUGGUGGGCCGGAAGAUGGUGGGAAAAAGAUCGAGCUUAAGCCAGGGUUCUUGAUGGAGCACGAUGAAGAUGUUGGAGCAGUUGUUGUGGGGUUUGAUCGCUACGUCAACUACUAUAAAAUCCAGUAUGGAACUCUGUGUAUACGCGAAAACCCUGGAUGUCUUUUUAUUGCUACAAAUAGAGAUGCUGUUACUCAUCUCACAGAUGCUCAAGAAUGGGCAGGUGGGGGCUCUAUGGUUGGUGCUCUCGUUGGAUCCACUCAACGUGAACCACUAGUUGUUGGAAAACCCUCUACUUUCAUGAUGGACUACUUAGCAAACAAAUUUGGCAUUUCAAAGUCACAAAUAUGCAUGGUUGGGGACAGAUUAGACACUGACAUAUUAUUUGGACAAAAUGGCGGCUGCAAAACUCUUCUCGUCCUCUCAGGAGUCACCACAACAGCUAUGCUUCAGAGUCCAAACAACACCAUACAACCAGACUUCUAUACCAACAAAAUUUCAGAUUUUCUUUCCCUAAAAGCUGCAGCUGUAUGA